CAAAGGUCGGACUGUGGAGGAACUCCGCAAAAACCAAUUGAUUAAUUAGACUCAACCGACUAUCCUCCCGGUUUGCCAACUUCCGAUCUCUUUUAUAGAUAUAUUUCUUCACAAAACCUCCAUAGAUCUUCAAUACUGGACAUUACAUCACAUCACAACCCAAAAUGCCCAUCCCGAAGUCAGAAUACUUAAGUGACACAUGGAAGGAUGGCCUCUUUACGAACAAGGUUGUCUUCUGUACCGGAGGCGCAGGAACCAUCUGCAGUGCGCAGGUCCGCGCCCUCGUCUACCUGGGCGCAAAUGCCUGCAUUGUAGGCAGGAAUGUGGAGAAAACCGAGAAGGCAGCGCAGGACAUCGCGACAGCCCGUCCCGGUGCGAAGGUCAUCGGCAUCGGCGCGGUGGAUGUGCGCAAGUUCGACAGCUUGAAGGACGCCGUGGAUCGGUGCGCCAAGGAGCUCGGUGGUAUUGAUUAUGUUAUCGCUGGUGCGGCCGGUAACUUCCUCGCUUCGAUUAACCAGCUCUCGGUCAAUGCUUUCAAGUCCGUCAUGGAUAUCGAUGUCUUGGGUUCCUACAACACACUGAAAGCCACCAUUCCACACCUGGUUGAGUCCGCUAAUAAGCAUAAAGUCGAUUCCAAAUCUUUGAAGCCAUCUCCCCUAGGCACCGGUGGGCGCAUCAUUUUCGUCAGCGCCACCAUCCACUACAGAACCAUGCCCUUCCAGACGCAUGUGUCGGUAGCCAAGGCCGGUGUUGAUGCUCUGUCGCAUAGUGUGGCCAUUGAAUUUGGGCCAUUGGGUGUGACCUCGAAUAUCAUUGCACCGGGUCCUAUUGCAUCUACAGAGGGCGUCGAUCGUCUCAUCCCUGCGGAUGCUCUGGAAGCCUAUACAAAGUCGCAGCCACUUGGCCGAUACGGUUCCGUCCGAGACAUCGCGGAUGCCACUGUGUAUCUGUUUGCGGAUACUGGAAGCUAUGUCUCUGGCCAGACACUAGUUGUUGACGGUGCCAGUUGGCGUAUGUCUGCGGGUGGUGCGGCAUCUGGAGCUUUGGCAUAUCCCGAUUUCCUUCUCUCGGGAGACGCCGUUCCUAAUGUGAAGGGACAGAAGUCAAAGAUUUGAGUUGAUGGUACUUUAUACAUUCUCUACAUGGGGCGAGCUAGGUCUAGUGUUGGUUUACUCCAUUUGAUACAUAGUUGUACACAAUAACUCUCUUGUUACUAGAACUCUUGUUACUAGACUGCUCCACUGUAAUUAGCAUGUUUCAUUGAAAGGGAAAAUGUACCAAAGGGCCCAUUCUUCACCUCAUGGAGCUUCUAUCCUUUGUUAAUCGUAUAGAAGGGAUUAAUUGGAUAGUGGAUGUCAGUAUUAUUCACACUUCCACAUAACAGUACAUUCCUCGCUAGCCACCAUGAUAGUCAAUACUUUGCGCAGAAAUGUUCACUUCAUCUGUGCAAAUAGUAUUAUCAAGAGUAUAAAAUUCCUUAGUUUUCUUUCUAUCGACGUAGGUUUUGUGUUAUUCCUGGUUGCUU